CACCACCAUGUAAUUCGAGCAAGUCAUUUUUCCUUGAUUAUACCAAGAAAUAAUGUCUUCGCAAAGCACUACUCCCGUUCACUCCCACCCUCUUUCUCCCGACGAAAUUCAUUCUUCAUCUCGCAGCCGCAUUCGUCCCCCUCGCGACGCCGAUACGCGGCCCACCAGUAAUUAUUUUGCCCUCAAAGCUCAGUUCGAGAACGAUGCUGUUACUUCACCUAGCUGGGACGGUAGUGUUAGAGGGCACAGGAAGGCAGAGCGGCGGCUGUCUACGCUUUCGACAGACGUCUUCCUCGACAAGCCGACUUCCUCGCCUUCGACACCGGCAAGUCCGAGGAUAGCCCCGCUCAUCAUUGUCGGUGCUUCCAAUGCUUCCAUGUCCACGCCGCCUGGUACGCCGAGUAGAAAGUUUCCAGACUUCCUGCUCCCGAACGAUGUUGAGGCCGGCAAUCUACAUCCGUCCGCUGCUUCACAGGUGCUAGCCACCAAAUGGCACGAGUAUUCCGACGAGGCCAUCCAGUCAGCUAUCUCUAACCUGAGCGUGUCUGAAUCUCCAGCUGGCGUGUCCAGCCAUCCUUACCAUUCCGCACUACGGGUACUCUCGUUAGCUCUGAACAACCUGUCGCGUGCAAGGUCGGAGCUAGAGGAACAACGGAGGAAGUUGGAAGAGAGAGAAGGCGAGAGAAGGCGGAGAGCAGAGAACUUGAUGAAUGAGCUACAGCCGUCAGACCAGGACGUCGCAAGACGCGUACUUCAAUCGAUAUUAUCCGAUGAGCAGCCCGACGAGGAAAACAAGGAUCACGACGACAAGGAUUACCUUCAUGUUCGGAAGCGACCAAGUUUCAUGUCCCUCACAGAAUCUCUCUCGGAAGCCAUUGCUGACGAAGUACCUCUGUCACGGAGCGUGCCAGACGACGUGUUAACAACGCCCCUCGCAUCAACCGCGGAUCUUGGACUGACUAUCGAGUCCGUUCCAGCUGCCAACGGGGAUUCUCGAAUUCUUCGUGAUACAGGCACUGACUCUGGCGGAGAGACCAUUAAAUCCAACGGUUUACCUCAUAGAUCGCGUCCAGAGCGGUCAACAUUAGGAGACUGGAUGGGCACGCUAUGGGGCAAAGGUAAACCUUCAAAUCGGACUCGAACAGUCAGUACAAGUGCUAUAGUUCGUCCCGAGUCACAGGAUGCUACGCCACGAAUCCCUGCUAUCAAUAGACCAAGGCGCAGAACGGCAAAAAGCGUCUUUGGCACGCUUGGUAUAUCCAUACUCAACCCAGGUUCAUCGACCUCCUUGAAGGAAGAUCCUCCUGUGGUGGAGAGACCAGAGCCAUCCUCUGACGUUGUAUCUAUAAGGUCGGAUCGCACGACCCACACCACAUACACCAAUGCUUCCGCCAUUUCCUCCAUGGGAUCUCCCGUGCAAACACCUUUUUCGCCUGCUUUAGCCGCGCCGUGUUUGACUACUAGUCUUGAUCUGGAGACCAGCUCGACACAUUCAGUCCAUGACCCUGCACCUGUCACUGGAAUGCAGGGAUCAUCUCUUCGCGCUAUCGCCAACGCUACUCGUGUCAUGACAUCUGAUCCCUCUAGCGUCCUCACGGAUGGUGGUCAGGACGUGGGACCUCUGGUAUCAAGGCUAGCCUUUGAACUCAUUCAAAAUGCUCGUGACCAAGGCAUUAAUUUCCGGGAACAACGGCAGAAGGACAGGAAAGACCGUAAACCUGUCGAAGCGGAUAAAGUCGGCCCUGUUGCUACGCUCAGUCAAGCACCAGGUGAUGCCGCUGUUACGCUAAGCAGAGCCCUUGGUAGCCAACCGGAAGCGUCUACCAGGGCGAAAACAAGAUCGGGGCCGUCGUUUUCAGUGCCUUCCUCGUUUGCUGCACCUCUUUUCGGGACGUUUAGGUCUUCACAGCAGCACAGGAAACCCUCAAAUGCUGUCGGUGAUAGUAGGAAGGGCGCUACACAAGAUCAGUCUACACUACGCGGUGGUAGUAACGUCGCGUCACCGAAUGGUGUAACUCGAAAGGCGCCUUCUGUUCCGUUAGAGUCGAUAAUACCUGAUACUGCCAAACCGCCCACACAAUAUCUUUCCAGAUCUUACACUCCCCUGACCUCACGCAAUUUCCAUUUCUCAAUACCCCUACCCCAUGCUGCAUCACGUCUGACAAUUUAUCACGACUCGCUAGGCCAGAAACCUUUGACCGAUCGUUAUGGUUUCAUGUACGACGUGUCGUUAUAUGAUCUCCUCCUUCUCAUUCGAGCUAAAGAGUGUGGGAAUACCGCCCCUGCUUGUUUAACAGGGGUCAAGAUAGCCGAUAGGGAGGAGGAUAAUUCUUGGCCAGAUGACGAGGAAGAAGAAGACUUAAAAUCUGCCGUUGACAUUGUUAAAGGAAACUGUGACUGCGAUGGCGAAUCGGACACGCGGAGCUUUCGUUCUCAUGAUUCGCCUCCCGCAGAAUCACUUUCAAACAGUAUUCAGUCGGGGUCAUCUUCGAAUAGCAAGAACCGCAACUCUCUUGCUGCACAUUCAACUAUGACCUCUUCGGCGACAUCCAUACUGUCUGUCAAUGCAAGCACUCCUCGGCAUGCGUGUGCCAACACUGUGCGGCGACUCCUAGAUGAACUAAUUGGCAUACAUGAUGAACGGCAAAAGGCCCGGCGGAAGGAUUGGGACGCCUUCGUCAAACAAAGACGCAAGGUAAAGUUCCAAAAGUCACAUUCCUCAAACUCAUCGAUAUCAACGGGGACGAACAAGGCAGUUGCUAUACUCGGAUUAGGCACGGAAGACACAGAGGAUGAAUUGGGGCACAGUGAUGGGCUCAUUGGAUUUGCGCAACUUGGGCUCUCAUCUAAUCGGGACGAAAGGAAAGAAUUUGAUAAAUUGUUAAGGGGUGGUAUACCGUUGGUGUAUCGACCGAAGGUGUGGAUGGAAUGUAGUGGUGCAUUGGAGAUGAAAGAGCCAGGGUUGUUCACGGAUUUACUGGCGGAAAGUGACCCCUCAAGUCAUGCGGUCAUGGAGAUUGAGAAAGAUGUCGGGAGGACGAUGCCCUUGAACGUAUUUUUUGGCGGUGACGGAGCAGGUGUUGACAAAUUACGGAGAGUCCUGUCUGCUUAUAGCCGGCGCAAUCCUGACGUUGGAUAUUGUCAAGGGAUGAAUUUGGUGACAUCCACACUUCUGUUAGUUCACGCCGACGAGGAAGAAGCUUUCUGGGUGCUCACUGCUCUAGUGGAGCGCAUACUUCCGGAGCAUUUCUUCUCACCUUCUUUGUUACCGUCGAGAGCGUGUCCUCUUGUGCUUUCCGAGUACGUGCAGGAGCACGCAUCAAAGCUCCAUGCGCACCUUGUGGAACUGGGUGUAGAUUUACCGGCUAUCUGUUUUUCAUGGUUUUUAUCGUUAUUCACUGACUGUCUACCGGUAGAGACUUUGUUUAGAGUAUGGGAUGUGUUUCUUGUCGAUGGGCUAGAUGUCCUGUUCCGCGUGGCUCUUGCUAUUCUAAAAAGUAACGAGCAAGAACUUCUGCGUUGCCAAUCUAUCCCGGCGGUCUAUGUCGCGUUGGAGAACCUGCCUACGAGGAUGUGGGAGGCAGACAAACUAUUACAACUGGAAGCGGAGCUUCGGGCAUCUGUUCUUCAUACUGAUCUUGUUAACAAACGGAAUUCACACGUCUUAGCACUGGGACAAUUGAUGUCAUGACAUUGAGUUAUUCUAACCUGCUGUUUUUGUUCGCUUUAUAGAUUAUGUAGAUAGAAGUCUUGGUCACAAAUAAUAUGUACGACUCGUAGCUUACAGAUACCAUCCUGUUAAUACUGUAAAACGCAUCGUUGGACAUCAUGAUUACGGCGUUUGCAAGGUGGCUCCUCAGUCUUGUGCUACUUGAUUGGAUGGGUGAAAAGAGGGUCAGUGCUGCUGUAAGAUGGGAAUUUAAUCAAAUAGGCAUCUGUUAG